GAAGACGCCCGGCCAGCCUCAUACACGCAAGAGUACAUAUAAUAAACGGCCACGACAGUGCAAAUUGCGAUAUUGCUGUACUAGCCUCUUGUAUUAUCACACAACUUAUCGCUUCAAUGGCAACCAGAAUUUUCAACAGCAGAAUACUGUUUUCGUCGGCCCUUGUCGCCACUGCCACCGCCGGCGUGUACACGGCGCUAAUAUACCGCCGCGUGUCGGCCACACCACUCAGCACCAUUACGAGCGCAAACUCCGUGUCAGAGUCAUUUGCCAAAUCCACGACAAUUCGCAACCUCGUGAAUCCCCGGGGGUAUGUCGCGUUGACAGACUCGCGCUCCGUGACGUUGGAGCUGCCAAGCCGUGACGCGGCGGAUGACGACGAGGAACGGACUGGCGAGCCGCAGAACCCGUCCGACCAAGUUAUUCUGGCCAGCUUUGUCAAGGGGUUCUUUGGAGGCAGAGUGUUUGCGCUGGAGCGAAUUGCCCUCGGGGUCUUGCGGCUGCAAGCUGGUCCCUUCCCUGGGUUGACCACGCCGGAGAAACCCAUCUGGAGCACUGAAGAGCUGUCAAACGACGCCCUGCCUCCUCCCUCUUCCACCAUUUUCGGUGCCUUCCGGGUUGCUGCAAUCGACAUCGCGGACGCAUCGGCUCGUGACGAGUCAAUAGCUCCUGCGGAGAGUAGCACGACCAGCUCCGUCGACGUCUUGUACGGCUCCAGCGAGGGGCAGUUUGCGGGCUGCCAUCGCUUUAGCGUCUGCUGCGAAGGCAGCCAAGUCAAACUCUCGCUCGAGUGCGUGACGUGCAACCCGACUGUCGACAAGCCGUUGAGCCCGGCAAUCAUGUUCUGGUUUCACAGAGUGUACGCCAUGCUACUCUUCCGGGACGCGCUAUACAACGUGCGUCAGGUAGCUCGACUGCAGUGAUGUAUAGUUUCCGAUUCUGUAUCAUAUAAUCAUGCAUCUCGAGCGUUUGGGGAACGGAUAACCACACUAGAGGCGUUCAACUGGGCAACAUGGACUCGGCGUCUGGAUAUCAUGAAGCACGCGAUACACACUCUCCACGCAUCAGGGACAUUAAUUCAAAUCGCUUUGUAUUAUAACAUCGAUCUCAUGUGAAUUGGAAAACGCCGAGUCUACAAUGAGACUUCC